ACUCGUUCGGUUGGUUUUAUUUCGUUUAAUUUUCGUUACUUUUUUUUUUAUUUUGACCCUAAUUGACCAGAGUGUGGAUGGCAUGCAGAGGUUUUUUGUAAUUUUUUGGUGACUACUAUUGUUGAAAAUGUCUUUCUUUGAAAGAGAUUAUAAAUUGAUAAAUAACUCGAGUUUACGUUGGAAUUAUUGAUUUAAGAGUGUUGUGGAGAGUACAACUAUUGGAAUAUCAUAAGCUCGAGCUAUAGACACGUGGAAGUACUAUAAAAGUGGUUAUAAUUGAACGUUCGAACUUGAUGGAGUUUAGUUUGAUAAACUUUGAGAAAUAUUUGGAUUAUUUUUAAUAUUUAAAAGUGUGAUGAGUGAGUGAGUGAUAAUAUGGAAUCACCAGUAAUGUACGAGGCUGCUCACCAGGGACCGGGCACGGCGGAGCUCAAGAAAUCUGUCGUUCUAACAAACAAUAAUAAUAAUAAUAAUACUAAUAACAACAAUAACUCGGCACUCCAAGUGAAUCAUAAUCAACAGACGAGUGUCGCUGUAAGUAAAGUUUCAGCGAGUAAAGCUACUUUGCACCAACAGUAUGCUGAACACUGCGCAGCAGCAGGUGAACUAACGGAUCUCAACACACCGGAGAUAUCGCUGGAUCUACAACACCUUAUCGAUGAUUCUCACUUCAAUGACGGUCUCCUCGAUAUGCUUGGCGCCGGUAAUGCUGGAGUCAAACAUGGAAGAACGACUGGAUACCCAAGGACAACUCUGGCGUAUAUGCCCCAACCCGUACACAGCGGUGCAAGUUAUCAUCAGGGUAGCAACAGUUGUAGUGACAGCAAUAGCUCAAGUUCUGAAUCACCAAGUAUCAAAGAGGAGCCAGUAGAUCCAGCGGAUUACAGACGUCACUGUCCCCAAUAUCCACCUGCUGGUUAUAGUCCUGCUAAUGGCUCUUUUUCCAAUGGAGGACCUACCUUUACGAAUCUCACACCAUCCACUGUACCAGGUGCUCAUCCUGUACAUCAUCAGCAUCCUCAACAACCUCAGAAUCAUCAGCAACAGCAAAGAGGAGUGAUGAAACCUGUAAUGACACAUCAACAUCAAGCAGCUGCUGUGGCGGCUGCAGCUGCUGUUGCUAGGAAACAAUCCAAAUCAGUGGACAAGGCUAGCGACGAGUAUAGACGAAGACGUGAACGGAACAAUAUUGCAGUUAGAAAAAGUCGAGAAAAGGCAAAAGUACGUUCGCGAGAAACAGAAGAAAAAGUUAAAUUACUUGUCAAGGAUAAUGACCUACUUAAGAAGAGGAUCGAAUUGCUUACGGAAGAGCUUAAUGUGCUCAGAUCACUCUUCAGCAGUGUUGGCGUGGUCCCGGAACAACUGCACCGAGAAAUAUCGAGGCAUUUGGAUCAGUUUCAGCAACAUGCGGUUGGGCCAAUGUAGCAUCGAUAACAUUGUGUUUAUUUUAGAUUAUUAAAAAAAAAAGAAUUUUUUUUCUUUUUUUUCAAUUAUGAAUUCGUUUAUUCUUUGUUGAUGAAGGAUGCUCGUAUUGACCUUCACAGAAUUAUUGGAAGAUGCAUGUUCGAUCGUGUGAGAUGUCGGUAAUGUGUUGAAAUCAGAAUUUAAUUUAAUUUAAUUAAUUAUCGGCGACAAGUUAUCCAAUAGAUACAUCCGGGAGAAGAGAAAUUGUCUUCCAGUGGAAUCAGCGUAUGGAACAUUUCAUUGAUUGUGUUUUCCCUAAAUUCAUAAAUUUCAUUCGAAGAGAUUCUUUUUCUCUGUGACCGCUACGUUUUGAUCUCCUAAUGAAGACUUACGUUGACAUUUCUUUAAUUAGGCAGCAGAAAUGAGAUGAGUUUAUCAUGAAUUUUCUUGUUUCUAAUUGUAGUUAUAUCCGGUAUGUUUGUAAAACAACAAAAUUAUCACAGCGCAAGACUGGAGACAGGAUUUUUUCAACCUGUCCGAAGAAAAAUAUAACAAAAGAUUGUAAAAUUUUGGGAUACUAUCUAUAAUUUUGACAAACGCACAUAAUUUUGUAAUAUAGUUCACUUCAAUUCAUCUUAAUUGUUAAGGAAAAUGAUCGUUGUUGUAAGUAAAAAUUAAUAUAUUUUGUUCAAAGGAUGUGAAUGGAUUUUAGUGCAAUUAUUGACUUAAACAGAUAGGGAGAGAGAGAGAGAGAGUGAAAGAGAGAGAGAGAGUGAGAGAGAGAGAGAGAGAGAGAGAGAGUGAGUUCAUUAAUGAUUUACGUAUUUCAAUUAAUUUUUUCAAUACAUCAUUGAUAGAUCUAUAUUUAGAUCACUAUAUUUCAAUAGGGAAGGUGAUUAAAUAAUCCUUCUCUGUACUCUGAGUUACCACUGGGGAAAAUUAGUAGAAAAAAUAUUAAAAAAUUGAAGCGGGCUUCAUUUAUUUUGUGAUUAAUUUGUGGAUAAUUCUGUUGUAUAGUCGCAGUAACAUUUAUCUCUUCUGCACUAAAUCUUUUUUCUACAAUUUCUAUUAAGAAAUCAACAGUUUAUGAGACUCAUAGUAGAUAUCUAUAAUUUUCAGAAAUUCGAAGAAGUUCCAUUAUCAUUACAAACGAGCGAACGCAAAUUAAUUAUUAAACUAAUGUAUAGGCGUUUCAGAUGACAAUCACGACAAUUCAUGACAAUUGAAUGCACGAUAAUUCAAAUUUUCUUAUUUCUUUUAUUGCCUUGGCGUAUAGCGUAACAGGCGAACAUGAGAUUGUACGGGUAUGCAUGUACGUAGAACCAUAAGCACGCGGUGCGAGUGUGGCUACCGAGUCUGAGAUUACCUUUCACGGUUGUCUUCUUGUCUAUGCAAAAAUAUAUUUUGUUAUAAAAAUA